GACCAUCCAGAUAUGCUGAUGGCAAUGGCCAACCUGGCGUUCACACUUAGGUUGCAAGGUCGCAGCCAGGAGGCUUUGCUGCUAAUGGAAACAUGUAUUCAGGUGCGAGCACGAGUGCUGGGGCUUAGUCAUCCCGACACCAAGCCUUCUACAGCGACGUUGUGCCGCUGGCGCUUGGAGAGCCUGGAUGAGCUGUACUAA